AGUAAGAGUAGAGAGCUGAGUGCCAGUCGUACAGACAAAACAAUUAUUCAUCAGGAGUUCGUAUCUUAGAUUUUCUUUUGUGAAGAAAAGGAGCCAGCAGCAUGCAGCCUACAGGCAGUAACGCGGCCCACCAGCCUCAGCUCCUGUCACUGGGGCACAAGGACACCACACGCCUGCUGGAGGUAUACGUGAAGCGCAGCCUGAGCCUGAACGAUGGGCCAGCCGGGGGCCGAAGGACACAGGCAAAGCCACGCAAGCGGGUGACGCUGGCAGAGAAGAACAAACAGGUUAGGAGGCACUCUAGCGACAGCUCGGCCCACCUGUCACCCAGCGAGGUGGAAUCGGUGGUCACGGCCUUCAAGCCAGCCCCGGUGGAGGCCUCCGUGGAUGCGCCUGAAGAUUUACCUGAGGAGGCCCCUGUGACUGCUAACCUGGAGAGCUCCACAGAGGAGGAACGGAAGAAGCCCAAGAAAGGCUCAAAGAAGAGCAAAAAGCCUUCAUUCCUGAAGAGCUUUCUGGGCCUUUUUUCAAGAAAAGGGACGGAGAAGAAAGAGGAACGUAAGUCCAGCAGCCCAGAGAAUGCAGGGACCUUCAUCCCCCCAGACACCCCCUCCCCGACUAUCUCCUGUCUGCCGGUCCCUACGACUUCAUCAGGAGGUGACCAGAAUGCACCGGGGUCCAGGAGGCCCCUCAGGAGGAAAAGUACCCUCAAGAGGUUCUCCUUCCGAGGUCACAGAGGAGAAGACGGCAAGAAUAGGAUACAGAGACCCACAACUCUAGGUCUCUCAGAAACAGCACACAGGUCUGAUGCUGUGAGUGUGGAGCCCAAUGUUCUGUAUUAUGAGAAAAUGUCAGAGGAGCUGGAAAAGAUUGUCAAGGAGGUGAAGGACAGUCCAACAGACGAGGGCCAUAAGAACAUUGUUCAAAACCCUGAGCCACUAAGACAAGUGGCAACUCCAGAGGCAGAAGUCAUUGAAAGGAUCAUCGCUUUGAUAAAACAUCAAGGCGACGCCAUUGAUGUCAAGCUGAAGGAGAACAGCAAUGUCAACUCCUUCUUCCAGAAGCUGUCAUACGGGUCCUUCCAGCAGCUGGCUGACCUCUAUGUGCAGAGUGAGACUCCUGGCCAGCUGCCCGAGGGCAAUGCCACUGCCCCCGAGCUGGUCAAGUUUGCUUUCACCCUGGACUUCACUGCCAAGGUGGCCGGCCUCUCCAGCCAGACCCUCGGCCGCAUCAUGGGCUUCGGAAACCAGUAUCUGCAGGACCGCUUCACUCACAUGAGCGUCAACCAAAGUCAGGACUCUCAAUCCCAGCCUACACAAAAUUUCAGUGGUCCAGACUGACCACACUGAAAAAAAAAAAAAA